AAAAUCUUGCAUCUCGUAUAGGUGAUGAUAAUAAUAUUGCCAAAGAAAGUGAAGUUGAUGAAACGGAAGAUGAUGAAGAACAAAGCGAAGAAGAAGAAUAUGAGGAAGAGGAGGUAGAAGUCGUAGAGGUUGAAGAAGGAGAAGAUGACGAAGAAGAAAUAGAAGUACAAGGAAAAGUGGAAGAACUAGAAGAAGAGGAGGAAGAUGAUGAGGAAGAAGAGGAGGAAGAAGAGGAAGAGGAGGAAGAGGAAGAGGAGGAAGAGGAAGAAGAAGAAACGGAAGACGACGAUGAAGAUAAUGAAGAUAGUAGAACAAUGAAAAUAAAACAGCCAAUAGUUAUCAAAAAUAGAAAUUAGAAAAUUUACAUCUAGUUCAAUUUCGAAAGAUUAACGUUUAUAUACAGAUUAUCAUAGAACGUUUAUGGAGUCGUUUUUUACAAAUCAUAUUUGAAUAAAAAUUCAUAUAAGAUACAUACCUACCAUACGUUACAUUGAGAACUAGUUUAAAAUGAUUUUAUCUCAUACAGUUCGUUUAUGACAAGUAUAUGCCUGUUGUGGAUACACGUGAUUAAUUUUUUAUGCUAUAGGAAUAUUUAAAUAAAUUGAUGGAUUUAUGAAUUUUUAUGCAAAUUUUAUUCAUCUAUAGCAACAUUAUUCCUAUAACUUUAUAUAUCACGAGUAUAAAUAUUUUAUGUGUUUUAAUUUAUACUUGCAAUAAAUCAUACUCUUUUCAUAUAAAUUGUUAUCUAUAUAUAAUACCCUUUUACAGAUAUUGCGUAUAGUAAUUAUGAAAGUACUGAAAUUGAAAGUUCUGAGAUUUUUCUGAAAAUGGAAAUUUCACCAUGUGCAAUCCGAAACUUUUUUUUACCAUUUAUCUAUCUUAUUGUUCAAUUGAAAAAAAAAUGUUAAUACACAUUAAUAUACCAAUUUUAAUAAAACUUAUUGCUGUUGAUUUAUUUCCUCAAUUCGAACGUCGUAUAAGCCUCUUACAUUUAGUUUCAAUAUUUACUGCUUUUUUUAUUCAUUUUAAUGUAAUAAUAAAUAAUUCUAAAAGAAUACAAAUUUUUUUAAAAAUAUCAUUUGUACAAUUUUUAAAAUUUUAAUGCUAAUUUCAAAAACGAUAUAUAGUAUAUAACAUACAGAGUGUACGAAAUUUAAAAAAGGCGCCACUUGGACUGAGUUCCGGAUCUGGCUCUUUUUCCGGUUUGGCUAACUUAAGACCGACGGAAUCAUGAAGGCCAAGGGAGAAUUGAAGGAGUACGAGGUGAUUGGGCGUCAGCUGCCCACAGAGAAGGUGAAGACCACUCCUCUCUACAAAAUGAGGAUAUUUGCUCCAGAUGCAAUUGUUGCCAAAUCCAGGUUCUGGUACUUCUUACGUCAACUUAAGAAAUUUAAGAAAUCAACCGGUGAAAUUGUAUCCCUGAAGCAGAUCGCAGAAAAAUCACCCAUCAAGAUUAAGAACUUUGGAAUCUGGCUGAGGUAUGACUCCAGGUCUGGUACACAUAACAUGUACCGUGAAUACCGUGAUUUGUCUGUUAGCGGUGCUGUAACUCAGUGCUACAGAGACAUGGGUGCUCGCCAUCGUGCUAGAGCUCACUCUAUCCAAAUUAUUAAGGUGGAAGUUGUAAAAGCUGCUAACUGCCGCAGGCCACAAGUCAAACAAUUCCAUGAUUCCAAGAUACGUUUCCCUCUGCCAAAACGUAUUCAACACAGCAGCAGUAUGCCUACCUUCAGUGUACGCAAACCAAGAACUUAUUUCCUGUAAACUCCUUCAUUUCAUUUGAUACUGCUGUAAGACCUUGGCUUAAGGAAAUAAAAAUUAAAAAAAAUUGA